AAAUUGCCGAUUUUUAACGAGUAGUAAAUCGGAGAGACAGUCCUUUUACAGACUUGGUCCCGUCCCACUGAGAAUAAUAAGUCUUGGUUGGUAAAUCUGUUUGGACGCCAUAUUUGUGAAUCUUGGCGGACAAAGGUUCUAAUCCGAGAAACAAUGGCGCAAAUUUCUGAUACGACAGGUUUAGCCGAAUUAGCACAUCGUGAAUACCAAGCAGGAGAUUAUGAUAGUGCUGAACAACACUGUAUGCAACUAUGGAGGCAGGAGUCAGACAACACUGGUGUAUUAUUACUCUUGUCUUCUAUACACUUCCAGUGUAGAAGAUUAGAAAAAUCAGCUUAUUUUAGUCAACUAGCUAUAAAACAGAAUCCAAUGUUAGCUGAAGCAUAUUCAAAUUUAGGCAAUGUCUACAAAGAACGAGCUCAGUUGCAAGACGCUUUGGAAAAUUACCGCCAUGCUGUUCGGUUAAAACCUGAUUUCAUUGAUGGCUAUAUCAAUCUAGCAGCUGCCUUGGUCGCCGCUGGAGACAUGGAGCAAGCAGUGCAGGCGUACGUUACAGCAUUACAGUAUAAUCCUGAUUUGUAUUGUGUACGGAGUGACCUGGGUAACUUGCUCAAGGCAUUGGGGCGAUUGGAUGAGGCAAAGGCAUGUUACCUGAAAGCUAUUGAGACACAACCAAAUUUUGCUGUUGCCUGGAGUAAUCUGGGCUGUGUUUUCAAUGCCCAAGGAGAAAUCUGGUUAGCAAUUCAUCACUUUGAUAAGGCUGUGGCUUUGGAUCCUAAUUUUCUGGAUGCCUACAUCAAUUUAGGAAAUGUCCUAAAGGAGGCUCGGAUAUUUGAUAGAGCUGUAGCUGCAUAUCUCAGAGCAUUAAACCUCAGUCCUAAUCAUGCAGUUGUUCAUGGCAAUCUGGCUUGUGUAUAUUAUGAACAAGGUUUGAUUGACCUAGCAAUUGACACCUACAAACGAGCUAUUGAACUACAGCCCAAUUUUCCAGAUGCUUAUUGUAACCUAGCCAAUGCACUGAAGGAGAAGGGUAAAGUAAGGAAGGUUGCUGAAGCCGAGGAAUGCUACAACACAGCAUUAAAAUUGUGUCCCACUCAUGCAGACUCUCUCAAUAACCUGGCUAAUAUCAAACGAGAACAGGGUAACACAGAAGAAGCUGUACGUCUGUACCUCAAAGCUUUGGAAGUGUAUCCUGAAUUUGCAGUUGCACAUUCAAAUCUUGCAAGUGUUUUGCAACAGCAAGGUAAACUCCAUGAAGCCCUCAUGCAUUAUAAAGAAGCAAUACGAAUUUCUCCCACAUUUGCUGAUGCCUAUUCGAACAUGGGCAACACACUGAAAGAAAUGCAAGACAUACAAGGAGCAUUGCAAUGUUAUACCCGAGCUAUUCAAAUUAACCCUGCCUUUGCUGAUGCCCACAGCAAUCUAGCAUCUAUACACAAGGAUUCUGGUAACAUUCCUGAAGCUAUUGCAUCUUAUAGGACAGCUUUGAAGUUGAAGCCGGAUUUUCCUGAUGCAUACUGCAAUCUUGCUCACUGUUUACAGAUUGUUUGCGAUUGGACUGAUUACGACAACCGUAUGAAACGCCUUGUUCAAAUUGUUCAGGACCAAUUAGAAAAGAAUCGACUUCCUUCUGUCCAUCCUCAUCAUAGUAUGCUUUAUCCUCUCUCUCAUUCUGUUAGGAAAGCUAUUGCAUCACGGCAUGCUAACCUUUGUUUGGAAAAGAUUAAUGUAUUACAUAAACCACCCUACCAGCAUUCCAAAGUUCUUUCUCCGGAUGGCCGUCUACGUAUUGGUUAUGUCAGCUCUGAUUUUGGCAAUCAUCCAACUUCUCAUUUAAUGCAAAGUGUUCCUGGUAUGCACGAACGUAAUAAAGUGGAAAUAUUUUGUUAUUCAUUGAGUCCAGAUGAUGGAACUACGUUCCGAGCUAAAAUAGGAAAAGAAGCUGAACAUUUUGUAGAUUUAUCACAGAUACCAUGCAAUGGGAAAGCUGCCGACAGAAUAUAUGCAGAUGGAAUCCACAUUCUCAUUAAUAUGAAUGGUUAUACAAAAGGAGCUCGCAAUGAGCUGUUUGCCCUCCGCCCAGCUCCAAUCCAGGUAAUGUGGCUUGGUUAUCCUGGAACAAGUGGAGCUCCUUUCAUGGACUACAUUAUUACAGAUGCAGUAACGUCUCCUCUCUACUUGGCUAAUCAAUAUUCAGAAAAGUUGGCAUAUAUGCCAAAUACGUUUUUUAUUGGUGACCACCGGCACAUGUUUCAGCAUUUAGUUGAGCGUGUUGUUAUAGAAACAAAGGACGGUAAAGUAGCUGACAAUAUUCAAAUUAUCAAUGGUACAAAUUUGGAACCUUUAAAGUCUGCAGCUGAAAUAAAAAUGGGUGAAAACGAGAUGAAUAAGAAAAUUACUCCAAAUGAGACCAAUGAUGUAAAAUCUAAUGGUACACAAAUUGCUUCUGCUGUUUUGGAGAAUCCAGUCACCACUGUGAUGCAAAAUCUAAUUAAGACUGAAGUUGCUUCAACAUGCAUUAAUGGAAUUAUUGUACAAAAUGGAUUAACCUCGAGCCAAAUGAAUAAAUUGUUAUUUCAGACUAACAACAAAGCUGCUACAGGUGAGGAAGUUCCUGAAAACAUAAUGUUAACUGCACGGUCACAGUAUGGACUACCGGAAGAUGCUGUCGUUUAUUGCAAUUUCAACCAACUGUACAAGAUAGACCCAUCAACAUUAGACAUGUGGGUAGAUAUCUUGAAAAGUGUGUCAAACAGUGUGUUGUGGUUACUGCGUUUCCCUGCUGUUGGUGAGCCAAAUAUUAUUCAGGCAGCCACCAGUCGAGGACUUUCUGCUGGACGAAUUAUAUUUUCCCAUGUUGCUCCGAAGGAAGAACAUGUACGUCGAGGACAACUUGCAGAUGUUUGUUUAGAUACCCCCUUGUGCAAUGGUCAUACUACGGGCAUGGAUGUUUUAUGGGCUGGAACACCAAUGGUAACAUUACCAGGUGAGACAUUAGCAUCUCGUGUGGCUGCUUCUCAAUUACACACUUUGGGUUGUCCUGAACUGGUUGCAAAAUCUAAGGAAGAUUAUAUACAUAUUGCUGUUCGCUUAGGAACUGAUCGGGAAUACUUGAAAUCUGUGCGAGCAACAGUGUGGAAAGCGAGGACAAGCAGCCCAUUGUUUAACACAAAACUCUAUGCCAGUCAUCUUGAAAAGUUGUAUACUCGUAUGUGGGAGAAAUACGAACGCAAUCAGUCGCCUGCUCAUUUAGUUGAACCUUGGAGUUGAAGCUAGAUUUGUUUUGUUUGAAUUUUUGUUUUAACAUUUUUUUCCUCUCAUCAGCCACCAAAAGAGGUGGUGGCA